CCACAUUGCGCUGUCAUGGUCUCGUCCUGCCUCGCCUCGCCGGCCGCCGCGUGCGGUGGCUCUGCCCUCCGACUGCAGCAGCAGCAGCCCAGGGCUUGCCGCGUGACGUGCUUGGCCGACGCGGGGGGUACCGGGAGCCGCGCCAAGGCGGCGGGAGGGUUCGCGUGCGGCUUGCUCGCGGCCUGGGCCGUCGCGUCCGCGCCCGGCCCGGUGAUCGCCGCCGGUCAGAGGCUGCCUCCACUAUCAACAGAUCCAAACAGAUGUCAGGCUGCAUUUGUUGGGAACACAAUCGGUCAGGCAAAUGGGGUCUAUGACAAGGUGCUUGAUCUCCGCUUCUGUGAUUUCUCAAAUGAGAAAGAUAAUCUGAAGGGCAAGACUCUGUCUGCAGCUUUGAUGUCCGAUGCAAAGUUUGAUGGCGCUGACAUGACAGAAGUUGUCAUGUCCAAGGCCUAUGCUGUUGGUGCAAGUUUCAAAGGCACGGACUUCACGAAUGCAGUGAUAGACCGUGCUGUUUUCUCAAAGGCCGACCUUGAAGGUGCAAUCUUUAAGAACACCGUCUUGUCAGGAUCAACCUUCGAGGGUGCUAAUUUGAAGGAUGUCUCCUUCGAGGACACACUCAUUGGCUACAUUGACCUUCAGAAGCUAUGCAGAAACACCAGCAUAAACGAAGACACGAGAUUGGAGUUGGGCUGCAGGUGAUUCAACCAAGUUCCCACAUUCUGACCUAAUCAAUCAUAGCCAUGUUUAUGGCAGCAUCGACAGCGCUCGAUAACGAUUGCUAAGUCAGGCCUGUCUAUAGAGCACCAAGAUGACAAGAUCCCUAUCCUCCCCCCCUUCAAUAUGUGUAUGUACAAUCCCCUCUGUAUACCGUAAAUAUUCAGCAAUAUAAACCACAGUUGGUCUUAA